AUGACUUGCCGAGCAGCUUGCAAACUCGAAGGGAUUGUGCAGAACUCUCGUCUCGCUUGUGAUAGGCCUCGUCGCAAAUACGCCACAGAUUAUUCUAUGUACUAUUUAGUUCUGGGCCUGUGGACGACAUCGCGGGGCCUAAGUAUGAAUAGCUUCUUCAUCAUAUCCAAAAAGCACUUCAUACUGUGCCUCCUGAUUGCAAUCUGUCCCACAUUCUCCGACGUCAACAUUGUUUAUGGACUUGUUCCAGUUAAUUUCCGCUCCUUCACCAAGUCCUACUUUCGCAAGGCCGAUGCUGUUGUGGUAACAUACGAUUGCAUGCAUGAAAAAAGCUUCCUUCACCUGCGCAGCUGGCUCUUCGAUGUAGAGGACGGGACAAACGGAGACAUCGUGCUUCUCUUUCUGGCCAACAAACAGGAUCUGGUCCUUUUGGAAAGCGACAGGACCCAGAUCGUGAGCAACGACGAGGGCAAGCGUCUGGCAAAGGCGAGUCAUUUUAUGGCAUGUUUUGCGCCCUCCUUUUACCGCGCACUUCGGUCACUGUCUAAAAACAGCCCUCUUCUUGGAGAAUACAAUGGCCACUUUUAUCCAGUGAGUGCCAAAACCAGCGAGAACCUGAGGGAAGCCUUUCUCACGCUAGCAAGACAUCGCCUUAUAAUUUUGGAACUGCGGUCUCAGUAA